AGCAUCAUCGCAACUGAGAUUGAACAUCUCGACGCAAGUCACAAAACAUCAAAGGAGACAGGGCAUCGCGACUUGUAAAAACAUGUCGUCGUCCAUUCCACCACCUCCUCCUCCUGGAUGGGGUUCUGGUCCUCCCUCGAUGCUAGGCGCGCCUCCAGGUCCACCUGGCCAAACAGCGCCCCCAGGAUAUCGACCACCGACAGACGCUCGCACAGCGAAGUUCGCCCAGAAGAAGAAGGAAUGGUUGCGAACUCAGCGGAAUCGGUUUGGGGAGAAGAGGAAAGGAGGAUUUGUGGAGACCCAGAAAGCAGAUAUGCCCCCGGAGCAUCUGCGAAAGAUCGUGAAGGAUAUUGGAGAUGUUUCACAGAAGAAAUUCAGCAGCGACAAGCGCAGUUAUCUUGGAGCCCUGAAAUAUAUGCCACAUGCGGUUAUGAAAUUGCUGGAGAACAUGCCGAUGCCUUGGGAGUCUGCAAGAGAGGUGAAGGUUCUCUACCACGUCAAUGGAUGCCUGACGCUGGUCAACGAGACCCCUCGAGUGAUCGAACCGAUCUUCCACGCACAAUGGGCUACUAUGUGGGUGUGUAUGCGGAGGGAAAAGAGCGACAGAAGACAUUUCAAGCGCAUGCGAUUUCCACCUUUUGAUGACGAAGAGCCGCCUCUUUCUUGGUCCGAGAAUAUCGAAGAUGUCGAGCCACUGGAACCCAUUCAGAUGGAACUGGACGAGCAGGAAGAUGGUGCAGUUUUUGAGUGGUUUUACGAAAAUCGCCCCCUUCUCGAUACCCCACAUGUCAAUGGUCCCAGUUACAAGGAAUGGAACCUCACACUACCACAAAUGGCGACACUCUAUCGACUAAGUCACCAGCUCUUGAGUGAUCUCGUUGACAAGAACUAUUUCCACAUGUUCGAGCUCAACAGUUUUCUCACAGCCAAAGCACUCAACGUCGCUAUACCUGGAGGUCCACGGUUUGAGCCUCUGUAUAAAGACGUUGAUCCAAAUGACGAGGAUUUUGGAGAGUUCAACGCAAUUGACCGAAUCAUCUUCCGUGCGCCAAUCCGAACAGAAUACCGGGUAGCAUUUCCAUUCUUGUACAACUCCCUUCCACGCAGCGUUAAAAUUUCCUGGUUUUCCCAUCCUCAAAUAGUGUACGUCCGUGCCGAGGAUCCAAGUCUACCGGCUUUCUAUUUCGACCCUGUGAUCAAUCCUAUCUCCUCCAGAUCAGUGGCACCCAAAAACUUGACGAUUAGCCACGAGGAUGAGAUAUUUGGUCAUGGCAACAACGAGGAGCCCGAGGAGGACGCUUUCGAGCUUCCGGAAGAUGUUGAGCCCUUCCUGGUCGAUGAGGAACUUUACACAAGCGAAACUGCCUCUGCCAUCGCUCUUUGGUGGGCACCAUUCCCAUUUGAUCGAAGAUCAGGUCGUAUGGUUAGAGCACAAGAUGUACCGCUUGUGAAACAAUGGUAUCUGGAGCAUUGCCCACAACGGCAGCCCGUCAAGGUUCGGGUGUCCUAUCAAAAACUGCUGAAGACAUUUGUCUUGAAUGAGCUGCACAAGAAGAAACCAAAAGCUCAGAACAAGCAAAGCUUAAUGAAGUCGCUCAAGCAGACCAAAUUCUUUCAACAGACCACCAUCGAUUGGGUUGAAGCUGGCCUUCAAGUCUGCCGACAAGGAUUCAACAUGCUCAACCUUUUGAUCCAUCGCAAAAACUUAACCUAUCUGCAUCUUGACUAUAAUUUCAACCUCAAGCCAGUUAAGACUCUGACCACCAAGGAGCGGAAAAAGUCCAGAUUCGGCAACGCUUUCCAUCUCAUGCGUGAGAUUCUCAAAUUGACAAAACUGAUUGUUGACGCCCAAGUUCAGUAUCGGCUUGGCAACAUCGAUGCCUUCCAGCUUGCCGAUGGUAUCUUGUAUGCUUUCAACCACGUCGGACAAUUGACCGGAAUGUACCGUUACAAAUACAAACUCAUGCACCAGAUUCGGUCCUGCAAGGAUUUGAAGCACUUGAUCUAUUAUAGAUUCAACUCUGGGCCAGUCGGAAAAGGUCCUGGAUGUGGUUUCUGGGCCCCUGCGUGGAGAGUUUGGUUAUUCUUCAUGCGUGGAAUCAUCCCACUGCUUGAAAGAUGGCUUGGCAAUCUCCUUUCUCGUCAAUUCGAGGGUAGACAUAGCAAGGGAGUCGCGAAGACGGUUACCAAGCAGCGAGUCGAAUCACAUUUCGAUCUCGAGCUUCGUGCUUCCGUAAUGGCUGAUCUUAUGGACAUGAUGCCUGAGGGCAUCAAGCAGAACAAAGUUAACACCGUCUUGCAGCACUUGUCAGAAGCCUGGAGAUGCUGGAAGAGUAAUAUCCCGUGGAAGGUGCCUGGUCUUCCAGCACCCAUCGAAAACAUCAUUCUUCGUUACGUGAAGAGCAAGGCGGAUUGGUGGAUCUCUGUAGCACAUUACAAUAGGGAGCGUAUCCGUCGUGGUGCCACAGUUGACAAAACUGUUGCCAAGAAGAACUUGGGACGUCUCACUCGCCUUUGGCUGAAGGCCGAGCAAGAGCGUCAGCACAACUACAUGAAGGACGGUCCAUAUGUGUCUUCUGAAGAAGCAGUUGCUAUCUACACAACCACCGUUCAUUGGCUGGAGUCUCGAAAAUUCUCACCAAUCCCGUUCCCGAGUGUCUCCUACAAACACGACACGAAGAUUCUGAUUCUCGCCCUCGAACGCCUGCGAGAAGCGUACUCGGUCAAAGGUAGACUCAACCAAAGCCAACGUGAAGAGUUAGCUUUAAUCGAGCAAGCUUACGACAGUCCCGGAACGACUUUGGAGCGAAUCAAACGUUUCCUCCUAACCCAAAGAGCCUUCAAGGAGGUUGGAAUCGACAUGAACGACAACUACAGCACGAUCAAUCCUGUCUACGAUAUUGAGCCGGUCGAGAAGAUCAGUGACGCAUAUCUCGAUCAAUACCUCUGGUAUCAGGCAGACCAGCGUCACUUGUUUCCUGCAUGGAUCAAGCCAUCAGACUCCGAGGUCCCUCCUUUGCUUACCUACAAGUGGGCUCAAGGUAUUAACAACUUGGACAAAGUGUGGGAAUCUGCGGACGGCGAAUGUAACGUGAUGAUUGAGACUCAGCUUUCCAAGGUCUACGAGAAGAUUGAUUUGACUCUACUAAAUCGCCUGUUGCGAUUGAUUAUGGAUCACAAUCUUGCUGAUUACAUCUCUUCGAAGAACAACGUGCAGCUUACCUACAAGGACAUGAACCACGUCAACAGCUACGGAAUGAUCCGUGGUCUUCAAUUCUCAGCUUUUGUCUUCCAGUACUACGGACUGGUCCUCGACCUCCUGUUGUUGGGUCUUCAACGUGCAAGCGAGAUUGCGGGACCACCACAAAGUCCCAACGACUUCCUCCAGUUCCGAGACCGCGAGACCGAGACAAGACACCCGAUCAGACUCUACACCAGAUACAUUGAUCGCAUAUGGGUGUUCUUCCGAUUCACAGCAGACGAGUCCCGAGAUCUGAUCCAACGCUUCCUGACCGAGCAGCCGGAUCCAAAUUUCGAGAAUGUCAUUGGCUACCGAAACAAGAAGUGCUGGCCAAGAGAUUCACGCAUGCGUCUAAUGCGACACGAUGUCAAUCUGGGCCGCGCAGUUUUUUGGGACAUGAAGAACAGACUACCAAGAUCUGUCACGACAAUCGAGUGGGAUGAUACCUUCGCCAGUGUCUAUAGCAGAGACAAUCCUAACUUGCUCUUCUCCAUGUGUGGAUUUGAGGUCCGAAUCUUACCUAAGAUUCGUAACCAGAAUGAUGAAUUCCCUGUCAAGGACAGUGUUUGGUCGCUGGUCGACAAUACUAGCAAGGAGAGAACGGCACAUGCAUUCCUGCAAGUCACCGAGGAAGAUAUUGCGAAAUUCAAUAACAGAAUCCGACAAAUUCUCAUGUCAAGUGGUUCAACAACGUUUACAAAGAUUGCGAACAAAUGGAACACCAGCCUGAUUGCGCUCUUCACCUAUUACCGCGAGGCAGCAGUCUCAACCGUUAGUCUCCUCGACACAAUUGUCAAAUGCGAGACCAAAAUUCAAACUCGCGUGAAGAUUGGUUUGAAUUCGAAGAUGCCAUCUCGUUUUCCUCCAGCUGUCUUCUACACUCCGAAAGAAUUAGGUGGAUUGGGAAUGAUCUCAGGCUCUCACAUUCUGAUCCCAACUUCUGACAAGCGCUGGAGCAGUCAGACCGAGACUGGCGUAACGCACUACCGAGCAGGAAUGUCCCAUGACGAAGAAACCCUCAUCCCCAAUAUAUUCAGAUACAUCAUCCCUUGGGAGGCAGAGUUCAUCGAUUCUCAGCGCGUCUGGACGGAGUACUCUCAGAAGCGCCUUGAAGCCAACCAGCAAAAUAGACGCCUUACCCUCGAAGACCUUGAAGACAGUUGGGACCGCGGUCUGCCACGAAUCAACACUCUAUUCCAGAAGGAUAGGAGUACUCUCAGCUUUGACAAGGGAUUUCGAGCUCGAACUGAGUUCAAAACAUAUCAGCUAAUGAAGUCAAAUCCUUUCUGGUGGACUUCACAGAGACAUGAUGGGAAGCUAUGGAAUCUCAAUGCAUAUCGCACGGAUGUUAUCCAAGCACUUGGAGGAGUCGAAACAAUUCUUGAGCAUACUCUGUUUAAAGCGACAGCGUUUCCAUCAUGGGAGGGUCUCUUUUGGGAGAAAGCCAGUGGAUUCGAAGAGUCGAUGAAAUUUAAGAAGCUCACCAACGCGCAGAGAUCCGGAUUAAACCAGAUUCCCAACCGUCGGUUCACCCUCUGGUGGUCCCCCACGAUCAAUAGGGCAAACGUGUAUGUCGGUUUCCAGGUUCAACUCGACUUGACCGGUAUCUUCCUUCAUGGCAAAAUCCCUACUCUUAAGAUUUCAUUGAUUCAGAUCUUCCGUGCCCAUUUAUGGCAGAAGAUACACGAAUCUGUGGUCAUGGAUCUUUGUCAGGUGUUCGAUCAAGAACUCGAGCAACUGGGCAUCGAGACCGUUCAGAAAGAGACCAUUCAUCCCAGAAAGUCAUAUAAGAUGAACAGUUCAUGUGCGGACAUAUUACUUUUUGCCUCCCAUAAGUGGAACGUCACUCGGCCAUCCAUUCUGUUCGACACCAAGGAUGUCAUUGAAGCUGUUGCAUCAAAUAAGUUCUGGAUCGAUGUUCAGCUCCGCUAUGGUGACUAUGACUCUCAUGAUAUCGAGAGAUAUGUCCGUGCAAAGUACCUUGAUUACACGACGGACUCGAUGUCAAUAUAUCCAAGUGCAACGGGCCUCAUGAUCGGAAUCGACCUCGCCUACAACCUCUAUUCGGCAUACGGUCAAUACUUUCCCGGCCUCAAGGUCCUGGUCCAACAAGCCAUGGCCAAGAUAAUCAAGGCUAACCCUGCGCUGUAUGUGCUUCGAGAGCGUAUUCGCAAAGGUCUCCAGCUGUACGCAUCCGAGAGUAACCAGGAGUUCUUGAACUCUCAGAACUACUCGGAACUUUUCAGCAACCAGAUCCAAUUGUUCAUUGACGACACCAACGUCUACCGGGUCACUAUUCACAAGACCUUCGAGGGUAACUUGACGACCAAGCCAAUCAACGGUGCCAUCUUCAUUUUCAACCCACGUACUGGGCAACUCUUCCUCAAGAUCAUUCACACCAGUGUAUGGGCUGGUCAAAAGCGUCUCGGACAGUUGGCGAAGUGGAAAACUGCGGAAGAAGUGGCUGCUCUCAUCCGAUCUCUGCCCGUCGAAGAACAACCGAAGCAGCUGAUUGUUACUCGAAAGGGUCUUCUGGAUCCUCUCGAGGUCCAUUUGCUCGACUUCCCGAACAUCUCUAUCCGUGCGUCAGAACUACAGCUGCCUUUCCAGGCUGCCAUGAAGGUCGAGAAGCUUGGUGACAUGAUUCUUCGAGCCACCGAGCCUCAAAUGGUGCUAUUCAACUUGUACGAUGAGUGGCUGAAGUCAAUCUCAUCAUACACAGCAUUUUCGCGUCUCAUUUUGAUCCUUCGUGCUCUUCAUGUCAACCAGGACAAGACCAAGCUGCUACUGAGACCGGACAAGACAGUAAUUACCCAAGAGCAUCACAUCUGGCCUACACUUUCGGAUGAGGAUUGGAUCAAGGUUGAAACGCAAUUACGAGAUCUCAUCUUGAACGACUAUGGCAAGAAGAACAAUGUCAACACAUCAAGUUUGACGAGCAGUGAAGUGCGAGAUAUUAUUCUCGGAAUGGAGAUCAGUGCCCCGUCAAUGCAACGUCAACAGGCUGCCGAAAUUGAAAAGCAGCAGCAAGAGCAGCAGCAACUCACCGCUGUUACUACGAAGACCCAAAACGUCCACGGUGAGGAUAUCAUCGUUACAACGACGUCCCAAUUCGAACAGCAGACAUUUGCAUCAAAGACUGAGUGGAGAACCCGGGCCAUCGCAACAUCAAAUCUCCGCACUCGAGCCAACAAUAUUUACAUCUCAUCUGACGACAUCAAGGAGGACGAUCACUUCACGUAUAUCAUGCCGAAGAACGUUCUCAAACGCUUCAUCACGAUCGCUGAUUUACGCGUGCAGGUCGCUGGUUACCUGUACGGAUCGUCACCUCCCGAUAAUGAUCAGGUUAAGGAGAUCCGAUGCAUUGUCAUGGUCCCGCAAAUCGGAAGCACGCGCGACAUCCAACUACCCCAGCAACUUCCACAGCAUGAAUACCUUGAGAAGCUUGAGCCUCUGGGAAUCAUUCAUACAGUAUCCGGAAACGAGCCACCUUACAUGACAGCAAUGGAUGUCACUCAACAUGCUCGCUUGAUGAAUGCACACAGCUCAUGGGACAAGAAGACCAUCAGUAUGACAGUGUCCUUCACUCCUGGCAGUGUAUCUCUCUCAUCGUGGGCUCUCACUCCUCAAGGGUACAAAUGGGGUGCCGAGAACAAGGAUAUGGGCAGCGAUCAGCCUCAAGGAUUCAGCACGAGCAUGGGAGAAAAGUGCCAGCUGCUACUGAGUGACAAGAUCCGAGGUUACUUCCUGGUGCCUGAGAAUAACUCAUGGAACUAUAGCUUCAUGGGAAGUGCCUUUGGAGGAAUCGAGAAGAAGCCGGUGCAUGUCAAGAUUGACACUCCGCUACCAUUCUACAGUGGCCAACACCGACCACUUCAUUUCCAGAAUUUCGCUGAGAUGGAGGACCUCUGGGCAGAUCAUGACGAUAACUUUGCAUAGAUGUAUUUGGGGUGGUGGUGGCUUUCAGGUUGCCAAUGAUCGCCGCUAGGUUUGGGGUGGGACAAGGCAAAGUGGUCAGCCAGGCAGGCAAUAGAUAUCUGCAUUGGUGAUCGUGGUUGCUCAUACGGGAUCUUGGUAACGGGCGUUUGAUCGGAGGCGCGGCGUCGAUUAUAAUGUAGCAUAUGUACAAGCAUGAAAUUCCAAGCACCACACAUGGUGUUAAAAAGCGAGUCAGAAGAUAUUUCUCUACCUAGGUAGGCCCGUGAGUUCUUUUUGGCUCACGUGCCUGCCUGAAUGAUCUACAUCUGGUGCAUCCCGUCUCACGCUGAGCUUACCUGGUAACCGUGACUGGCUGACUGGCUGAUUACUGGCAGGCAAAGAUCUGGCGACAUGCAGCAUUGGCCGAUUGACGAUUCGGCAAGGAACUGGUUCUAUCCGGGAGAUCCAAAUGCAUCUCCGUUGCAACACAAUAUGAAAUAGGUUGUCUCUCAUCGCUCAUGCAACCAACACGGCUCCAAUUGUUCACCACCUCGCACAACACCAAGCGUGUUGAUCCAACUGACCAUGGACCAAAGUAGGUAACCACACUCUAGGCAGAGCACCCUAGAACCGGCUGUUGGAUCUUUGCUCGAAGCGCCUGCUGCGGCUGCUUGUGCAUUGCAUUGCAUCCGAUGAUGAUCAGAUUUCCUCAGUCAGCGGUUCGGAAUCAUGCAGGUCGUCCGGACUGAUUCUACAGACCCCGGGUCCGGGACUUAUGCAGGAACCGAUUCGAAUAGCCAACGACCAAGAACCAACAACCACCUGCUGCAUCCGUCCACCGCCGCACCACCUCCUUUGGCCGAUUGGAUUUGAACGACAGUAUUUGGCGACGUGCAGUGCAGUGCGGUGCAGUCAGUCCACUGCAGUAUAAUACUGUGACGUCUGAAUGGCUUGAUGUAAGUCGGGAUUAUUGAUACUAAUUUGAGCUGCAGCUGACGACGGAUGCGUAGUCAUGAUCUCCAUAGGUAUGUAUGGGUCAGUACCGGGGUACCUCAGGUACGAAGGUACUCGCACAUCCCGCGCAAGCAUGCUGUGCGACGGACAAGCAAGACAUCAAAUCAUAUCAUAUCAUAUCAGGAUAAUCAGGCAGUCUGUUUGCUAAUUUACCACUCAUCAUGAUUUGACAUCCAUGAUCCUCACCUCACCUCACCUCACCUCACCUCACCCCUCACCCCUCACCCCUCGACCCCUCGACCCUCGGCCCUUCCAUUGGAUCCUUCGAGCCCUACGAGCCCUACGAACAUCCCCUCAAUUCCGUCUAAAAGGUCUUUCUCCACCCUCGUACAGGAACGCACUCUAUGUUUGUCUAUCUUUAUCCCUCUCUGCCGCUUCCAAGACCAAGCUAGAACAACCUAAGAAGCACCUUAUUUUGGUUAAAUUUGCCUUUAAAGCAUCGGCGGGCCCUCUGGUCCCCCUUUUGUUUCCUUCCCUGCUGA